GGUUCUGCUUUCUGUAUGUAGUGGAAGGGGUUCUGAGAGAACGUCCGUAUGAAACCUUCAUAUUUGUCAUUGCCAAUGUCAUCAUCAUUGUGUACGUCUGUUCCAACUUUGCCAUUACAUACCCAGAUAUUGCCAAUGGGAAAGAUGAUGUUAGGUUCACAGUUAAACUGGUACGGCUCAUAUUCACUGUUAUCCUGGUCCCGUUGAAUGUGUACUUAGGGCUCUGGGUGUCUUACACAUAUUUCCAGUCAGGGAACUUGAUAUUCAGGACAGUUGGAGCCAGCGAGGACUUACAGAACUCCUGCAAGACUCUGUUCUUUACGGAGGCAGCUCUCAAGUUUGAUGUCCAGAUGGCUUCUAGUAUGCUGAUACUCAUUCUGAAGGAUGGCCAUACAACGGGUACACUAGGGAUCUGUGUCCUGACCAUAGGGUUUGCCUUCACUGUGGUUUGGGUACUACUAGGGUAUUUUGCUGUGAGAUUUGAAAACAAAAUUCUAACAUUCAUUUUCUUUGCCACGUCUGUAUUUGAACCAGGCUACAUUAUUUUCAAAGUAUACCAG